GCGAACACCACGUGACCAGCGACGGCGUCGGCUGCUAGUCAGCUGACUGCCGUCUUCCGGGUUGGUGUUUACUUUCAGAGCUGCUCCUUUUUCAGCGAUUUAAAUCAAGUUGGCCUAUGUGGAGAAGCCAUGAACACCUCAGACAGCGAUGAUGACUUCUACAAUGAGAGGACGGCAUUGGUCCCAUCAGAGAAUCCGGUGGUGCCAUCCUACAAACCAGAUCCUGAUCUCACCCCCACCAACAGCACACCAACCACAAGGGUAAAGCCUGGGGCGAGCAGGAGGUCUGGCCCGGCUUGCGUGGACAGUGGCGGCUCGGAUCAGGAGGUGGACGCAGAUGAUGAGGAGCUGACUCUGAAGUAUGGAGCCAAGCACGUCAUCAUGCUGUUCAUCCCCGUCACCCUGUGCAUGGUGGUGGUGGUUGCCACCAUCAAAUCAGUCAGCUUCUAUACCGAGAAGACCGACCAGCAGCUGAUCUACACGCCAUUCACAGAAAACACGCCGUCUGUCGGCCUCCGGCUCCUCAACUCAGUCCUCAACACUAUCAUCAUGAUCAGCGUCAUCGUGGUCAUGACCAUCUUCCUGGUUGUCCUCUACAAGUACCGCUGCUACAAGUUCAUCCACGGCUGGCUCAUCCUGUCCUCGCUCAUGCUGCUCUUCUGGUUCAGCUUCAUGUACCUGGGUGAAGUGUUUAAGACGUACAACUUGGCGGUGGACUACCCGACAGUGGGGGUGAUCAUCUGGAACUUCGGGGCAGUGGGGAUGAUCUGCAUCCACUGGAAGGGCCCCCUCCAGCUGCAGCAGGCCUAUCUGAUCCUCAUCAGUGCCCUCAUGGCCCUCGUCUUCAUCAAAUACCUGCCUGAGUGGUCGGCCUGGGUCAUCCUGGGAGCCAUCUCUGUCUACGACCUGGUGGCCGUCCUGUCUCCUAAAGGCCCUCUGCGGAUGUUGGUGGAGACGGCUCAGGAACGCAACGAGCCCAUCUUCCCUGCCCUCAUCUACUCCUCUGCCAUGGUGUGGACGGUGGGGAUGGCAAGCCCGGUGGACGCGCAGCGCUCUGAAUACGAAACAGACGAGGAGGCGGAGCAGAGCGCUGGGAGGGCGGAGCCUGAAAGCCGACGGCCCCGCUCGGGUCCGGACGAGGAGCUGGAGGAGGACAGGGGCGUGAAGCUCGGCCUUGGGGAUUUCAUCUUCUACAGCGUUCUGGUCGGAAAAGCCGCAGCGACCGGCGGAGACUGGGAAACGUACAUAGAUAGUUCCUUUAUUAUAAUUUGGAUAGGCCUGUGCUUGACUCUGCUGCUCCUGGCCAUCUUCAAGAAAGCUCUGCCGGCGCUGCCCAUCUCCAUCACCUUCGGCCUCGUCUUCUACUUCUCCACAGACUUCCUGGUUCAGCCCUUCAUGGACAACCUGGCUGCUCACCAGUUCUACAUCUGAGACAAGGCUCCACCCACCUCCCCUUCCUCCUCAUGACCCUGCAGGCCGCCACCGUCUGCUAAUGUACUAUACCAAGACUUGAGUCUGGGGAACCAGCACACAGGAGGAAGCCACUGGAGUGCUAGCUGCUCAGGUGCAUUUCUGGAUAAGUCGGAAGCAAACAUACAUUAAAGGAAAGAUCCGCCUUGAAUCCUGCAGCCUAUCGUGUGUGUAGAGUCUCUGCCAGGUGACAUUUCCCUGAAGGGUCUGUGUGGAUGUAAUCCUAACCCCCAUGUUUGUUUGUUACUGAAACCCGAAACCACCAGACGCUGACAACCCCACACCCAAACAUUCCUAUUUUUAAUCCUCACCAAUUCUUGUUGGGAGGAACAUUUGGACAUUUAAUGCAUUGCUGGGCGCUGCAACAAAACCAGGCAGUGUAACUUUUCCUCAGCAGAGCAGCAGUUGAAAACCCUGUUUUCAUACGACACCAUCUGAGGACCCCAUUCAAACUGAAGUCACAGUUAAUGAAAUUAUUCAAACUUGGCUUAAACUAAGAAGUUUAUCUUGGGGUUAACCAGCACCAGCAGUCCUGCAUGAAGCCCCAUCCCAAUAAAUCAGAAGACUCGGAAAAGACGACUAAAGCCUCUUCAGUCAGUGUUCGAACAGAAAUGAAAGUCGAUCGAGUCUCAUUUCACUGCUGAUGUUACCAGGUCUGACACUGAUCAGGUUUAGACAAGCUGGAUGUAGGUCUUACAGGACAUCCUAAAAUAGCACUGCAGCAAUUAACUGAUUCGCUAAGUUGAUAGAAGAAUCACCGGCAACUAUUUAAUUGGUUAAUUGUAAACAAAGCUGGACUGGGAGAGUUCAUCCAAAAAUAAAUAUUUACAGCUAUUUAGUUAUUUAGUGUUUUAAGUUGUUGCUCCAAAUCAGUUACUGUGGCUGAGUCGUUUUUAGUGUGUAGAGAAGUCCAGUGUCAGGUCAGAGCUCGCUGUGUUCACUGAAAGCUUGGUUUAGUUCCCCUCCAUCCUCGGAGCUAACUCAACCCUACACAGACUCUACUGGUCUUAACACCAACCUGCUGCCUGACAAAGUCGGGAAAGGGGGGGUUAGAGAUUUUGUAGAACGUGAUUCAGGUGUAAUAUUUGAUUUUGUAACUGAAAUAUUUUGGAGAUGAAAUUUUGUGUCCUUGUACUGUGCAAUAAAGUCAAACCUCUGCGGUGAGCUGGAAAAAAA